AUGUUAUACCAUAAGCAUCCAGAAGAUCUCAAAGAGGAGAAGGAAGCCAAGGAGCUUUACGGAAGUGCAACGCUUGUUCACUCGUCAACUAGCCGUGUUACGCUUCUCCAAGAUAUGCCUACUCCAGCAUUUGUGGAAGAGGGUUAUGAGCCGAAGCAUCCAAUGAAGCUUGACAGUUCUCGACAGUUCCUGAUAGUUCUGAGCACAUCCUCGCAGGUCUAUUCCGACGUCCGCUCAAAACCUUAUAUAUGUGAAUAUUGCUCAAAAAGUUAUGCCGAUAGUCGUCAACUCGCCUAUCAUAUGUACAGUCAUAGAGGCGAACGGCAGUUCAAUCCACGCUCCUCAAGAUAUCUAAUGGGUCGACAAGGGGUAGGAUACACUGAUCGAAGAUCGUACGCUUUGUUUCCGUUAACUAGUGGUUAUGUACCCCCUAUGUAUUAA